AUGAGGGGCUCACUGGCUGCGGUCUGCACUCGCCUCGGCCGCAAGCCCGUGUGGGAGGCGGACCACGCGGCGCCGCCGCCCGCGUCCGCGGCCGCGCGGGCUGCAGCCCCCGGCGCCGGCGACGCGGCCACGACCUCGCCCGGCCGCAGCAAGCUGGCGCCCGGCGCGCUGGCGGCGGCGGGUGGUGCGGGCGUGGGCGCAGGCAGCAGCGGCUUUGGCGGCGGCGGCAACCCGCUGCUCAAGGCGGCCCUCAACUCAGGCCUCAACAAGAUCAGUCAUCUGACGCAGCGCCCCGGCACGAGCAGCGCCAGCGGUGCGGGCUUCCCCACAGCCGGCAGCGCAGUGGCCCGUGGCGGCGGCGGCGGCGCAGCCAGCGUGAAGAUGCGGCUGAAGGACUACUUCGUCGCGCGCUCCGCCAACGAGGCCAGCAACGGCGGCGGCACACUGACGUAG